CCGGUUCCGGGUGAGGGGUCGCGGGCAGUGGUUGCGGAUCGCCAUGGGGCUGAGCGCGGAGGAGGCGGCGGAGCAGGAGGACCGCUUCGAUGGCAUGCUCCUGGCCAUGGCGCAGCAGCACCAGGGCGGCGUGCGGGAGCUUGUUAACACGUUCUUCAGUUUCCUGAGACGGAAAACAGAUUUCUUCACAGGUGGAGAAGACGGAGUGGCAGAGAAGCUUAUCACAGAUACUUUCAACCACCACAACAAGCUGGCGCAGAAGGAGCAGAAGGAGAAAAAAGCCCAACAGGAAGUUGAACGUCGCGAGAAGGCAGAACGGGCUGCGAAACUUGCCAAAGAAGUAAAGCAGGAAGCCAACGAGCCAAAAAUCAAAGAGCUUACAGAGGAGGAGGCGGAAAGGUUGCAACUGGAACUCGACCAGAAAAAAGAGAGAAAAGAAGAAGAGAAUAACAAUGUCUCUACAAAACCCUCUGAGCAUGAAACAGACUCUCCAGAUUCUAGCAAACAGGAGUCGGAGGAAGAGGAAGAAGAUGAGAAGGAUAAAGGGAAAAUGAAACCGAACUCCGGGAAUGGGGCUGACCUUCCAAACUACAGGUGGACACAGACCCUUUCUGAGCUGGAUCUGGCAGUCCCAUUCAAGGUGAACUUCCGGCUGAAGGGGAAAGAUGUGAUUGUGGACAUCCAAAGACGGCAUCUGAAACUGGGCUUGAAAGGUCACCCCCCUGUAAUUGAUGGAGACCUCUACAAUGAAGUGAAGGUGGAGGAGAGCUCUUGGCUGAUUGAAGAUGGGAAAACAGUCACUGUGCACCUGGAGAAGAUCAAUAAGAUGGAAUGGUGGAAUAAGCUUGUCUCCACGGAUCCAGAAAUUAACACCAAGAAAAUCAACCCAGAGAACUCAAAGUUAUCAGACCUGGACAGUGAAACUCGCAGCAUGGUAGAGAAGAUGAUGUAUGACCAACGACAGAAGUCCAUGGGGCUCCCAACAUCGGAUGAACAGAAGAAGCAGGACAUACUGAAAAAGUUCAUGGAACAACACCCAGAAAUGGACUUCUCAAAGGCUAAAUUCAACUGAGCUCCUCUUCUUUCCCCUUUUUCUUCAGCCAAUCCACUGAGUGGGGGCAGGAUGCUUAUCAGCAGAUGGGGCACCUGCCUUGGGUGAAUAAACACUCCCCACACCUUCUCUCCCCCACCCUCUCCCCAACCCAGCUUGCUGUGGAAACAGCUUCAUGAGUGUCAUCUCCUCACUUGUCAUCUCUCCAGCAAAACACAAGGCUCAGUUUGAAGUACCAGUGUCUAGCAGUUGCAUAGUCUAUGGGAGCAUGUUACCCAGGUAGGGAGGACCUUGUUGUGCUGGGGGGCGGGGG